GCAACAAUUUUUGAACUGUCAAAUUGUGAACAUGGCUGAUGCAGCAGCGGCCCGUAGGGAAGCCCGGAGAAGGAAAAUAUUAGAAAAUUCUCAUAACAGGCUUCAACGUAUAUCUGGAAAAUGCGAAGAACCGAUUCCAAAAGAAUCAUCUUUUCAGACCAUACUACCAGACGUAAGCUACGAAGUUCCAGCAAUAUCUAGCAGUGCCACAACUACUAAGAGCAACAGUUCUCUCAAUAAUGGUGUCGUGGUUAGCGAAGCACCACCAGUGGCGGUGUCGACACCGAAUCCUAUUUAUGAAGCGGACGCGGCAGGCGACAGUUUAACCGACGUAGCCAAUGACUUGGCAGCCUUAAUGUCGCCAGGAUCACCACCAGCCAACACUCAACAAGUGACUCUUUUGGAAAAACUAGUUCUAUACAAGUAUGAUGUAGUCCUAGUCUCUUUGCUUGUCCAACUUCUAUACAGUUUGUCAUUGUUGACAUUUGACGAGACAUAUUUUUUCUUGCCCUUAGUGGUUUACGUCGUUACUAAGAUGAUAUGGUUUCCAGCACCAAGCAGUUCCAACUUUGCUAACGCUUUACUUCUCUUAAAUGGAAUAUCAGUGCAAAGAGUGGAAUGGAUCAUGUCAGUUAUGCGCUGGGUGAGCAUGUUUUCUCAGGAUGUCUGCGUGUACCUUUUUACAACGAUUUGUAUGCAGGCUAUUUGUCACACUUUCACAGAUUCUUUAAUCACAUAGUAGAAAUUGACAUUUAUAAUUUUCCUGUUAAAUUUUGGGCAUAUUAUUGACUGAGCAGUUGUAAUAUUAGCUAUAUAUCAUUUAAUAAAUAGAAAUGUUCCAGAAUUUUGAUUGCUUGUGCCUUUUUACAUAAGUGAGAAUUUGUGACAUGUGUGCGUUUUAGUCACAUAUUGCCAUUUUAGUUUAAUUAGGACAAUAUUGUACAUAGUAAAUGACAAACAUUCUUGUUACUUUAUUUGUAAAUUUCAUUUUGCUCAAUUAUUUUUGCUUUUUGUCUACACUACAGACUACACUAAUGCAUUUAAAAUAUUGUAUUUUUAUACUUAUUAUUAUCACAAUUUUUAUGAUACUCAUAUAUUUAUUAUAAAUUACAAAAGUUUGGAGGCCAAAUUAGUAACUUGUACUGCAAAUGUUGAAUGUAACAAUCACAUCUAGGCUAGUAUAACCUCUCCUCAUAACAUUCUAAUUGUAUUGUUGUCAUGUCAAUGAGCUUGGUUAUACUAACCUUCUAAUAUUAUAACAUUUAUAAACUAUUUUCAUAUCUUGAAUGCAGAGGUGAAGGAAUUUGUAAAUAAUUUAUUUUGGCCUGAAUAGAUCCUUCGAUAGCCUGAACUGUUAUCAAUUGUAAUUGCUAGUUUUGUUCCAAUUUCGAUGUAACACUGAAUAUUUGGAAAUAGCAAUAAUAAUAAUCAAUUUGGAAAUAUUUAAUACGAUGGCAGUUUGUGACUUGUAAAAUUGUAGUGGGAAGGGGACAUAAAAAAAUGCAUCUAUAGCAACAAAAAGUUUAUUAUAAUCGCUUGUAUAAAUGCCGUUCCAUGGAAACUAUUUGAAAAAAUAAUCACUGCACAGGAGAGGCCUGGUUACUUUCUGUCUGUGCAAUUUAGUUUUGUUGGUGUUUCUAAUAACUGCUUAUUACUUCUACAUUUACUAUCUAACUUCAGGAUCAAAAUAUGACUAUUAACACUUUUACUGUCCAUGCAUUACAUGUAAUGCCCCAUCCGAUUAACUCUGUCACAUUUACGUGACAUCAGAAAUGGAUAACUCUGUAAGCUUAUGCAUCACAUAUAAUGCACGGACGUAUGGAACCAUGUCAUUGUUGAAAGCGAGGGACAGUAAAAGUGUUAAUCUACCUUACUAGUAUAGAAGGUUUGACAACAAAGAAUUAAGCUGAACUGUGAAUGUACAAAUUAAAAAGUAAUAAAUUACAGAAACCCUGUAAUUAAUACAAUUAUAAUUAAUUUUACAAUGCACUUUAUUUUUAUUAUUUGACAGGUUGACACUUUCACUUUAACCAUUAAAUGCGUAUUGUUGCCAAAUGUAUACAAAGCAUUGUUGCAAAGCAUUUUUCCUAGAUCCUACAUCCAAAUAACUAAAUAAAAACUUUUUUCCAACCAAAAAAAAACAAUAUUAGCAGUAUAUUUUGAUAGCCUGUAAUUGGUAUGUAAAUACUAUUGUUGCAUUUCUUUUAUUGUCAGGUGACAACCAAAACUCAACAAUUACUACCAUCAAUUCAUAGCGAUAGUGAAUCGUAUUGCUAUCAAAAUAAGGUUGAUUUUAAUUUAACUCUUUUUUAGUAAUUAGUGAGUUUUGCUUGUCACCUAACGAUAUUAUACAUUACAUAAGAAGAAAAACUUAAUAUUCCACCGGUCAGCUUAAUUCAAGUUGUACUAAAAAGGUGAAACAAUAGAAAAGUAUUUAUUUUAAUAUUUUGUAAUGCAUCUUUUAAAAUAAAAUAUUUGUAAUAUUUU